CCAAAAUGCAUGUUGGUGUGAAAUUUUUGCUGGUUUUGUUGGGCGCCGUCGGCCCCUGCGCCAGGGCCGCCGACGGCUCCGUGGUCAACGUGGCCCUCUCAGAAUAUCCGUAUUUGGUGUACGUGAGGCACAACUUGGGAUCAUCCGUUCGCUAUUUGUUGGGCAUGUUCCUUUCCAGACACUUCGUCUUGACCUUUGGAGGCUGAACUUCAAUCGAAGAAUCCUAUAUUUGUUUCGGUCGUGUCCCUUGACCCGGUGGUUGGGAACAGCUGGCGACCUAACAAAAUCCACCUGGUGACCGGCACGGCAACGUGGGUGGUGCUCAGGGUGUGCAAUUUCAAGUACAAGGGCGUGGUGAUGCCGCUGACGCCGUCACUCUACCACAACUUCAACACCGCAGUCAGAGCUCGCGUCGUUUGGUUCAAUCCCAUCGAUUAUACUUUUCAAGCCCACGAAACUGAUGUACCGGCGGCGUCCAGUUGCUCCGGUUUGUCCAAUCCGGCCACACAGGCGUGCAACGUGUUGGACAAUUCGUCGUUGUCAUGCGACUAUUCCCAACCCCUGGGGAUAGGUGGACCGGUGGUGCGGCCGAUGUUGGUGGUCGGGCCGGUGGUCGUCGCCAACCUCUACGGCCUCGUCUACUGCGCCGCCGACCGCUACACGGCGCCUCUGCAGUUCACCCGCCUGCAACCCUUCCACGACCAAAUUGUGGCCGUCGCACCCAUGGCCAUCACUCCCUAGCCUAGAUUCUACAACACAUCAUGCGUUUUGUUUGUGUGAAAUAAAUUUAAACACAGCUCGCAGAGAACUUAGUUUGUAUGAUUUUUACCCAAAAGGACCGAGGUUUGCCAAAGUGUCCGCAACUUUUUGUUUUCAAAUUAAUUGCUUCUCAGAGAGUCCACAGUCUGCAAAAUAAAAUUUGACCUUUUUGAAAUUGUUCAAUAUGAUCCUUCUAGUGCUUUUUAUUGGCAACUCUUAAUAAUUAAGGCUUUUUA